AUGACAACAACAGAAGGGACAAGAAAUGCAAUGGAUGUUAUUCAUAAUGGUGAAUGGACAUUAGACAGUGACAAAGAAUUUCUAGAAUACAUUAAAGAAAUCCAUAAUACAAUAUUAGGUUCUUGUAAUCAACUCACUAACCAAAUGCAAGAAGCAACAAAAAAUAUCAACCUCCUUGAAUUACAGGUUCGAUCAACAGGAGAUGAAUUUGUAUAUAUCAGUCAAUCUCAAUAUCUUGAAAAUAAAGUGGCUGAAUAUGAAAUUAAAGAAGAUGACGAGAAAGUAAGUACAGAAAUAAAAGAUAUUGAAGAUGAUAAAUUGUUUGAGAUUGCUCUUGAAAAGGGACUUCAAAUGAUUAAUGGAAUUAAUAUCAAUGAAGGAAAGAAUUUUGUGGAUGAAAUUGAAUAUAUUGGAUAUCCUCAAUUAUCAAAAAAUCAAGAACAAAAGCAAGUGAACACAACAGAACCAACUCAACCAACUGUUUCUGCAUCAUCAAUUCCAACUGUUUCUGUAUCAUCAACUGGAGAAAUUAAAACUGGAGAAAUCCCACCCCCACCUCCAUUACAUAUUGAUUCAUCAGGAAACCCAAUUUUAUCAUCUUCACCAAGGGUCAAUUCUGAGAAACACGAACAAGAAACCCAAGUGAUUUCAGAAGAACAACAAAAAGAACAACAACAGGAUGAACAGACUACAAAGAAAAUAUCAAUUAUAGAAGAAAUUAAACAAAGAGGAUUCAGACUACCACAACCAGGAGAUAAAAAACCAGAUUCACCAACCAACAUCCCUAAUCCCAAAGUUGAAAAUAUAGAAGAAAUUAAAACAGAAGAACCACCAAAUAACAAAGUACAUGAACCUGAAAAGAAGGAAGAGCAAACUGAUGAUGUUACUAAAUUACUAAUAGAAUCAAAACAUAAGAGAGAAACUACCUCUAAUAAACUAUCAACUAUCUUAAGUUUUGAUGAUGAUAACGUUGAUUUUAAAACAAAAACAAUAGAAAAAAAGAAAGAAGAUUCACAGAAAAAAGUAAAAGAAAAGAAGAAGAAAGUGGAAUUUGAAAAUUUGUUUGAUGAUAAAGAGGAUGUUGAUAUUUUGGAAGUAUUAGCCUCUUCACUUGACACAAAAAAAGAAACUAAGACAAGCACAGUUCAACGUCUAGAUGAAAAGAAAAAAACAUCAGAAGAUUUUAUUGAUUUAUUACUUGAAAAGAAAGUAGAGGAAAAAGAAAAGAAACCAGCAAAAAAGAAUAGAAAGAUUGAUGUUCUGUUUAGUGAUGUUAACGAAGAUACUGAUGUCUCCCAACAAAACAAAAAUCAAACGCCAAUAGAAAAGAAAGAAGAAUCACACAAAGAGAAUAUUCAAGAAGAAAAGAAAGAAGUAACAGAAAAGAAUCUAGACCCUUUGUUUGGUGAUGUUAUAAUCAAACAACCUGAAGCUCAAAGAGAAGAACCAACAACAAUUCCAUCAUCUUCAGAAAAGAAAGAAAACUUCAAACCCCAAAACAACCAACCAAAACAAGAGAUUACCAAGAAAGAAAUAAAAGUAGAUAAUUUAUUUGAAGAUAUUGAAAUCCAAUCCAACUCCCAACUUACUGUGGAUAAGCAGAAGAAACAAAAGUCAGAAAUAAAAGAGAAACCAAAGAUUGAUGAUCUUUUUGGAGAAAGUACUGUCAAGUCUCAAGAAAAUAAAACUGAAAAGAAAACGUCUACAGCCGAUCCGUUGUUUGGAUCAACAAUUGUUAAGAAGGAAGUUAAAAAAGAAGAGUCUCACAAAAAGAUUAUUGACAAUCUCUUUGAAGAUGACAAGCCUCUAGAAAAGAAAAUAGAGAGUCAAACAAAUCAAAAGCCAAAGAAAGAAAUUGAUGACAUUUUCAGUAUUGAAACACCAACAAAACUAUCUAACAAUGAAACAGUAACACCCCAGCAUCAACAAAAUUCAAAAAAGAUAGUUGAUAAUUUGUUUGAAACUGAACCAAAGCCAAAAGACCCACCGAAAAAAACUCAAGAACCUAAACAAUACCAGAAAAAAGACAUUGACAACCUAUUUGAAGAACCAAAGGUUGUUUCAGGUAUCUCUAAUACAAAGAGUAAACACAAGAAACCAGAAAUAGACGAUUUGUUUGGAGACACAAAAGUAGAAGAUGCUAAACAAGUACCAACAAAUGAACGAAAAACAAAGGAUUUAUUAGAAAGUACUCAAGUAAAUGAUAUUAAGAAGGAAGGAGAGAAAAAGCAAGAACAAACAAAGAAAAUUGAUGAUUUGUUCACCUUUGAUGAUAUUUCUAAGCCAAAGGAAGAAACUAAGAAAUCUCAGACAAAGACAAUACAAGUUGAUGACUUAUUUGGAGAUAUCAACACAACACCAACACAACCUAAACAACAAGAAGAAAAGAAAAACCAAUCUAAAAAGAAAAUAGAUAAUGUCUUUGAAGCAGAGACUAAGCAACAAGAAGUAAAGGCUCAAGGAAGUAAGGUAUCUAGUAAAAUUGAAGCAUUGUUUUCAACAAAAGAAGAGCCAAAGAAAAAACCAGUUAGUGAUAGUGAAACCAAAGCAGAAAAGAUGACAAAAACACAAACAAAAACUAAGUUAGAAGGUAUUUUUGGGAAUAAACCAAUCAUGGGAGGACCAGCACCAAUAAGACCAAAGCCAGUGGAACAGAAAAAAGAAGAAAGUAAUGAAGAGACAAUCGAGAUUCGACAUGACGGUAAAAUCAGUAGAAGAAGUGUGUCAGGUCCAAAAGGAAGAAGAAGACCAACAAUGAAAAAGAUUCAAUUUGAUGAACAUACUGAACGACUCAUGAAAGAAAUCAAUAACAAUAAGAUUCAGGAAAGCAACAAAGAAAGGAUUCAAGAUUUGUUAGAUGGCAAAGAAGUAAAACCUAUUAGAACAGAUAACAUUAAACACCAAGAGGAUGAUGAAUUGACAAAAGAAGUUCAUGUAUUAGACAAAGAAGAAAAGGAAGAUGCUGAGGAUAGUGAUGGUUUUGUUAUUGAAGAUGACCAACCAUCAAGCACAACAAAUAUUAGUGCCAAAGAGAAUGAUAUUAAAGAAAAUGAUACUGAACAUAAGGAACAAGUAAAGGGUGAUGACACAACAGUAAUAGAGGAAGUAUUUGAAUCGAAGGAAGAAGAUAAGAAAAAUGAAGAAGACAUUAUUAAGAAGUCAGAUAAACCAAUUGAUAAUAGUAAAAUCUGCUCAGAAUUUGAUUUUGAUGAUUUCUUUUGA